AUGCUAUAUGGCACAACGCUCCGCCUACCAGGAGAGUUCUUCAUUUCGACAACAACAACAGCGAACCAGACGAACUUCGUGUCCAGCCUUAAACAGCUCUUCAAUAGCAUCAGGCCGGUACCAGCAUCGAGGCACACGACACCGCAUCCCUUUUGUUUCAGGGACUUGCACAGCAGUACGCACCUGUUCAAAAGGGUCGACAGCAUACGCAAACCUCUGGAGCAGCCGUACACAGGCCCACAUCGCGUAAUCAAGCGCACGGAUCACCGCACAUUCGUUAUCGAGGAUGAGGGCACAGAGAAAACGGUCACUACAGACCAGCUGAAGCCAGCGUACCUGGAAGCCUCUGAGCCAGCCGACCGAACUUUACCUCCACCUCAGACACCAGCUCAGUCACAAGCAGACGCCACUCCACCGGCAGAAUCUACGCAGCCUCCAACAUGA